AUGGGGAGCUACACAUUUACAUGGCCGUACAAUGCGAACGAAGUGUUUGUCACCGGCACAUUUGAUGACUGGGGCAAGACAGUCAAAUUGGAUCGCGUAGGCGAUGUCUUUGAGAAGGAAGUUCCGUUGCCAGUAACGGAUGAGAAGGUGCACUACAAGUUCGUCGUUGACGGCAUCUGGACCACCGAUAACAGAGCUCCCGAAGAAGACGACGGCAGUAGCAAUAUCAACAACGUUCUCUAUCCUGACCAAAUUCUUAGAGAAUCAACCACACCUUUGUUAAACGGCACUGCAGAUAUGGCCGGGGUCACACCAGGCUCGACAACCGCUGCAUUGGCAGCCGGAGUCCCCAAGGAGUCCAGCAACAAACAUGGACAGAAUGGAUACUAUCCCACCAUCUCAUCGGCCGCUCCGGGGUCGACUACUGCCGCGCUCGGCCAGGAUGUGCCGCUCGAGCAGAGGGCCAAUGUGCCCGGAUCGUAUCCCAUUACCCCAGCCAGCGAAGCUGACAAGUUUUCUGUGAAUCCAAUUCCGGCGUCCAGUGGCGCGGGAAACCCGAUCAAGCUGAACCCGGGGGAGAAGGUGCCUGAUCCCAGCACCUUCAACACGAACACUAUCUCUUCGACUGCACGUACCGACCGUGCCGGCUAUGAGCAGGGCACUAGUGUAUCCAAGAACAUGAUCCCCGAGUCUAGUCUGCCAAUGGGUGAAAGCCAGGGAGCGACUGACCCCACCUACACAAUCCAGUCGGCUGCACCGACGUCCACGACUGCGGGACUUGCAGCUGCUGUCCCGCUGGAGUCCCAGCGACAAACAAGCAGUCGAGUGCCCACGAGUGAUGUCCCGGAUGUGGUGCGACAGUCGUUGUCUGAAGCCCACCGGGACCCUGAGGCGGCCACCAACAAGGAGGCUGUCGAUGAGAAGAAAGAAAUGGAAGAGGAACUUCGAAGGAAGGUUCCGGUGGACAACUCGACUGGCGCGCCGGCGCCUACCACUGUUGCCGGGCUUGGUACUUCAUCUGGACUUGGGUUUACCGCUGGGGCUGCUCCUUCGACCAACCUUGGUCCUUCCACUGGCCUCGACGUUGCGACUGGUAUGGGUACCACUACUGGCCUGGGUGCUGUGGCUGGGGCUACCGCUGCACAGGGCUCCCAGAAAGAGACAACCAGCGGGUUGCCGGCCCACGAUGUCCCCGAUGUGGUGAAGCAGUCGAUCUCUGAAGCUCAUCGGGAUCCGGAGGCAGCAGGUGUCGAGGAGACUGUCGAAGAGAAGCGAGAAGUCGAAGAAGAGCUUCAACAGAAGGUUCCCGUGAGCAAUCAGUCUGGCACACCCGCACCUGUGAUCACGGCUGCGACUUCUGAGAGAGCACCCGGAGCGUCUGGUGCUGAACCUGCUUCGGAGAGCGCACCGCGUGCUACUGGUGCUGAGUCGGCUUCGGCCCAAGUUUCUCCCAGGGCCACUACCCCUACAGAUGGGCCCACGGUGACCACCGGAGUUGCCACAUCGAACGCUCCCGAAGAGUCUGGACCUGGCGCAUCUGGCCGUGAGGACACCACUGAGAUUCCAACGAAGCCCGCUGCUGGUGCGACGGGAGCGAGUGCGACCAAGACUGUCGACUCUGGCGUAGAGAGUGGCAUUGCUCCCGACGAGACGACGCCUGCUCCGACAGCUGGUGCCACGGGGGCCAGCGCAACGAAGACUGCCGAUCCCACCGGGACCAGUGGUGCACCGACCAGUGGUACUAGCAAGCCAGCAGAGUCCGCGCCGACCAGCAAUGCGGCGGCCACCUCGAAGCCGGCUACCAACAAUGCCGCUGGAGCGACAACGAAUGGCAAGGAAGAGAAAAAGAAGAAGAAGGGCUUUUUCUCGCGACUGAAGGAGAAGCUGAAAUCGGUUUAA